GUGCUGUGGAUUCUCCCCUUUUAGCAGUCUUUGAAAGCUACGUGGUUAUUGUCCUCUUGUGAUGUUGUUGUUUUUUUUGGGGUUGGUUUAAAAUUAUAUUUAUUUUGAAAUGUUUUAUGUUUUCACAGUAAAGAAAACAAAAACUCGUUGGAACAGCUGCCGCGACCAGUUCCGUCGAGAACUGACGGAGAUGGGCAGAAGUGAUGAUGGUGCCCCCCGAAAACGCCCAUACAUGUACACCAAGCAGCUGCGUUUUCUGAAGCCAGUCAUGGAUUUGAGGCCUACUGUGGACAGUCAUGAAGAGCCAGACAUUGAUGAAUCACAGCAGUCCAAUGGUGAAGGGGCAGAGACACCAGCUGUGUUUUUCCCAGAAACCAGUCCUACACAUCAACCCACAGAAGAACAUGAGCAGCAGCCUGGGGAACCUGCAAGGCCUGCAGAAGUGUUCACAGAAGAAACCCAAAGGCGACAGACUCGGCAUAGGAGGGCUGCCCCCCAGGCUUCUUCUGGGCUAGUUACUAAAGAAAUUAUUGAUUCCCAAGUCAUUCAGUACCUAGCCCAGAAGAGGACUGAAGUCCGGGAGGAAACUAUGAUGAGGGGCCUGGCUCCUUUAUUGCAGCGGGUCCCAGUUGACAACCAGGCAACGUGCAUGGCGUCCCUGAUCCUGGUUUUAGAGAUGUAUGGCCACCCAUACCAGGGGGACAUACAUACUCUAAUCGAACGGGUCAGGCACCAAGUGGUGUUGUCACAAAAUCCACAGCCCACCACCUUCCCACCUCGGCCACCCACAGGCCAAGGACCAUCUUGCCCACCCCCAAAUGUAUAUCUCUCCCAAAGUCAUAACCAGCCUUUGCCUCAACCCAAUUAUCAUGCCCCUUAUCCAACAGGGGCCCAGGAUCCAGGACAAGCUCGCCCCGGACCCUCAUAUGCAGGAGGAUCUUUCACCAGGGAUCUUUUUGAUAUAUAA